UGUCAUCUGCGCUUCAGGAAACUGCUGCAGUCUGCCGCUCUGUUCAGCCGUACUCACAUGACAUGAAACUUUGGAGAUAAAACACAUGGAAGAAAAUGUGGAUUUCAAGGCCCUCCGGGCCAAAUUUCACGCUCAGUUAGAAAUGGCAGGUUCCGGAGGCGGAUCCGCCAUCAAACCUCACGCAGUUGGUGCGCUGCCAGAGUCUCUAACCAAUGGAGCGCUCCGAAACAAGACUUCAGCUGUGCCUCCAAGACCAGUCGUUCCUCUGAACUCUUUAGGUGAACCAAAGAUGUUUCACUCGGGUCCUCAAGGAGUGUUCCCAAGGCCUCCUCCCGCUCAUCGUUUAGGAGCCCAGGAGAGUCCUAAAACGCCCCCUACGGAGGUCAAUGUGCCGAGCAGAGUCAAACUGACAGGAGAACUUCUUCAGAGCAAGAUACUAAAACAGCAAAGCGACAUGAAAGUGUCUUCAGCUUUCAAACCGCCACUGCCGAGCCAGAGGAGUGUGUCGGAGGUAGUACCGCUAAGGAAGCCGCUUCCCAACGUCGGACCACGACCGUCAAAACCAAAACGGCCUCCGUAUGUAAAUCUGGAUCACUUACGGAAAAAAGCCCCUGUUGUUCUUCCCAAAAGACCUAUAGAAUCACAAUGUUUGAAAGGACCAGCAAGACCCCCAAAGUUGACAUCAUCCUUUUCAGAACUAAACAUUUCCCCGGAGCCUGAAACCUAUGAUGACAUCAGCUCACUCCCACCACCUCCUCCCCCACCUCCCAAGCCAAGAGACUCAUGGACUGACAGUUACCCUUCUCAGCACGAGGACAGCGAUCAGGAAAUCUAUGAAGACCCAGACAAACCUGUUCCUAUUGAGAGGCAUGUCUUAAAAGAUAAUAAAAAGGUAGAGCUGGACAAGAAAGAACUGAAGGAAAAGCAGAAGCAGGAAAAUGAGUAUAGAAAAAAAUUUAAGCUGAAUGGACCUAUUGAGGUUAUCCACAUGGCUCGUGUGAGAGAGGACUGGCAGGGCGGAAAGAAUGACCUGAUCGUGCGACAGGGGGAGAGCGUGGAGAUCAUCCGUGUGAACAACAACCCUGAAGGGAAAUGGCUGGCACGAAACAUGAGGGGCAGCAUUGGCUACAUCAGCAACUCCUGUGUGGAUGUGGAUUAUGAGGAAGUGAAGCGGAAACUCCGUAAUCAAGCCACCCCCUCCUUCCACCCUCCUGUAGUCCAGGCCAUCAACCCAGAAUUUUAUGAUGAUAUCGGCUCCAACGACCAACUGGACAGCAGUUUUCACAGCGAUGAUGUAUAUGAUGAUGUGGACCAUGACUUUCCUCCUCCUCCCCCAGAGAUCAGCCACGAUCCGAAAAAGGCCAAGCAGCAGGAGAAAGAGUUUCGAAAGAAAUUUAAGUUUGAAGGGCCCAUCCGAGUUCUGUACACCAUGAUGGUGGACCCUAAUGCCAGUUUGAAGAAGGGUGGGAACAAAGACCUGCCGGUGGUCCGUGGAGAGAUUCUUGAGGUUAUACAGGAGACCAACAAGAAGCGAUUUCUGUGCCGUAAUAACGAGGGGAAAUAUGGAUACGUGCCAUUGAAUUACCUUUUGCCUGAGGAGAAUGAUGUUUAUGAUGACAUUGACGCUGCUUCAGAUAUAUAUGAUAAUGAUGACAGCUGACCUGCUUGGAGAUGAUGUGUAUCAUCCAAAUAAAAGUGUUUUUACCUGAGAAAGUAAAAAGAGACUGAACCAUCUGUUCCCUGUAUGAAUGAAUGACAUGGUUUGAAAUUUGCUUCAGGAAACUAAAGCUCAAAGCUUUGUAUAUUGUAGAAAUAAUUAUUAUGAAACAUUAUAAUUAUUAUUAUUGACAAAUAUUUUGUAAAAAAUGACUUGUAAUUAUUAUAGGGAUGAUUUUGAUUUUUGUUAGAUUUGAUAAAGAUUCUUAUUUUUUUCUGAUACUGACAAUUCAGCACUGUUCAAAUAAAAAUAAAUAAAG